AGGGGCGGCCCCGGGGCACCGGGAUAAGAGCGCAGCGUGCGGCCUGCCGGUGUCCCGCGCGGUAGCUCCGCGAUGUCGCUCGUGCUGCUGAGCCUGGCUGCCCUGUGCAGGAGCGCCGUACCCCGAGAGCCGACCAUUCAAUGUGGCUCUGAAACUGGGCCGUCUCCAGAGUGGAUGCUACAACAUGAUCUAACCCCUGGAGACUUGAAGGACCUCCGAGUGGAAACUGUUAAAACGAAUGUUGCAACAGGGGACUAUUCAAUUUUGAUGAAUAUAAGCUGGGUACUCCGGGCAGAUGUGUUUUGGGAAUUGAGAGUUCCUUGCUUUGCCUUUCAGUGGACAUUUUCCUACAUAGGCUUCCCUGUGGAGCUGAACACAGUCUAUUUCAUUGGAGCCCAUAAUAUUCCUAAUGCAAAUAUGAAUGAAGAUGGCCCAUCCAUGUCUGUGAAUUUCACCUCACCAGGCUGCCUAGACCACAUAAUGAAAUAUAAAAAGAAGUGUGUCAAGGCUGGAAGCCUAUGGGCUCCGAACAUCACUGCUUGUAAGAAGAAUGAGACGGUAGAAGUGAACUUCACAACCAGUCCCCUUGGAAACAGAUACAUGGCUCUUAUCCAACACAGCACCGUCAUUGGGUUUUCUCAGGUGUUAGAGCCAUACCAGAACGAACAAGCGCGAGCUUCAGUGGUGAUUCCAGUGACCGGGGAAAGUGAAGGUGCUGUGGUGCAGCUGACUCCGUAUUUUCCUACUUGUGGCACCGACUGCAUCCGGCACAAAGGAAAGGUGGUGCUCUGCCCACAGACAGGCGUCCCUUUCCCUCUGGAUAACAACAGAAGCAACCUGGGAGGCUGGCUGCCUUUCCUCCUGCCAUCUAUACUGGUGGCCACAUGGGUGCUGGCAGCAGGGAUCUAUCUAAUAUGGAGGCACGAAAGGAUCAAGAAGACUUCCUUUUCCACCACCACGCUACUGCCCCCCAUUAAGGUUCUUGUGGUUUACCCAUCUGAAAUAUGUUUCCAUCACACAGUUUGUCACUUCACUGAGUUUCUUCAAAACCAGUGCAGAAGUGAGGUCAUCCUUGAAAAGUGGCAGAAAAAGAAAAUAGCAGAGAUGGGUCCAGUGCAGUGGCUUGCUGCUCAAAAGAAGGCAGUGGACAAAGUCAUCUUCCUUCUUUCCAAUGACAUCAACAGUGUGUGUGAUGGUACCUGUGACAAGACUGAGGGCAACCCCAGUGAAAACUCUCAAGACCUCUUCCCCCUUGCCUUUAACCUUUUCUGCAGUGAUCUAAGAAGCCAGACUCAUCUGCACAAAUAUGUGGUGGUCUACUUUACAGAGACUGAUACCAAAGACGAUUAUGAUGCUCUCAGUGUCUGCCCCAAGUACUACCUCAUGAAGGAUACCACUGCUUUCUGUGCAGAACUUCUCCACGUCAAGCAGCAGGUGUCAGUGGGAAAAAGAUCACAAGCCUGCCACAACAGCUGCUGCUCCUUGUAGUGUACCCACGAGACGCAAGAGACCUUAAAAGCUUCCUAUCCCACCAAUUACAGGGGAAAAAAAAGUGUCUGUGAUGAUCCUGAGGCUCACUCUAUAGCCUACAAAUAGCCUUAAAACAUUUUAUGCCAAUAAAAUUGUUUCAAAUAUUGCUAA